AUGCUUUCUUGGUCAGCUAACUUAGGAAAUUUUCGACAAAAUCUCACACAAACCGGCGAGAUCUCACAGAGACGAGAUUUCAGACGAGAGGGGCAGGAGUUACACGAGCGCCGUCUCUACGGCGUCGGUUUCGCCGUCCGGAACUCCCUUCUGUCCACCAUAGAAUCGCCCUCUUCAGGCACACUACGAGUCCUCUCUCUCCGCCUCACCACCUCUUCUGGACCAGCCAAUUUCCUUAGUGUCUAUGCCCCCACACUCUGCUCAACAGCGGAGGCUAAGGAUCAGUUCUAUGAGGAGCUCGAGGCGAAGAUCAGGCAGAUCCCCGCCAAGGAGCAUCUGUUCCUACUCGGUGACUUUAAUGCCCGGGUGGGGGCAGACCACGACCCUUGGCCUCGCUGCAUCGGCCACUUUGGCGUUGGAAACAUCAACGAGAACGGCCAGCGCCUCCUCGAACUCUGCUCCUUUCACGAACUCUGUCUCACAAACACUUUCUUCGCCACCAAGCUUCAUCACAGGGUAUCUUGGAGACACCCAAGGUCCCGUCAUUGGCACCAGCUGGACUUUGUGAUCACCAGGAGAACCCUGCUAAACCAUGUGCUGGUCACGCGCAGUUAUCACAGUGCAAAUUGUGACAUCGACCACUCCCUGGUUGUCAGAAAGGUGCGUCUACUUCCCAGACGGCUCUACCACUCCAAGCAGAAGCCCCGACCCCGCAUCAACACAUUCAGAAUCAACAACCCUGAGCUGCGGGAACACUUCGCCAGAGCCAUCGACGUCGCCCUUGAGGGCUGCCCAACUGGCAGCGCUACAGAGCGGUGGAACCACAUCCGCAAGGCUGUGUUUCAGACCUUCGGGAAAAGAGAGAGGAAGAGUGCAGACUGGUUUGAGCCAGGAGUCGCCGAGCUGGAGCCCACUAUCGCUGCUAAGAGAGCCGCCCUACUUCCCCACAAAAAUGACCCCUCCACGAAGACGCUCGCGGCACUUCGUGCUGCUCGCAGCAACACACACAGGAUCGCCAGACGCUGUGCUAACAACUAUUGGUCGAGCCUCUGCCAAGACAUCCAGCUCUUUGCAGACAUGGUCAACGUGUGGGGUAUGUACGAAAGUUUGAAGAAAGCUUUUGGCCCAAGCACCAUCAAGACUGGCCCCAUCAAAUCUGCCAAAGGCGUGCUCAUCAAAGGCCGCAGCAAGCAGAUGAAGAGAUGGGCCAAACACUUUCAAGAGCUCUACUCGAGGGAAACUACAGUCUCCAAUACAGCCCUCGAGCGUACUCAUCCACUACUUACUAUGGGCGAGCUUGAUGCACCACCUACAAUUGAAGAGCUCAGAAAAGAGGCAGUUGCAGGAGAAAUGCUGGGAGCAGAGACAGCCCCUGAUAUGAGUGGCACCGUCCAGUUUGACGGAUCAUGCUCGGAGCCCUUUCCGAUCAGAAAUGGAGUGAAGCAGGGCUGCGUCCUUGCCCCAACCCUCUUUGGCAUUUUCUUCUCCCUGCUCCUGUCUCACGCUUUCGGGGACUCCGACGACGGCAUAUUCAUUCACACCAGAAGUGACGGAGGACUCUUCAACUUGGCACGCCUUCAAGCAAAGACCAAAGUAAGGAAGGUGUUCAUCAGAGAGUUACUCUUCGCUGAUGAUGCUGCUCUAGCCACACACACUGAAGCAGGGCUGCAGUGA